AUGUCCUGCAUCAGAAUAUUACCAGUUAUAGCACUCUUUUUGAUUCAAUACACGACUCAGUCGGAGUUGGAUCUUGAUGAUGAUGUGGCAAUGAUCGUAAUGAAGCCACUAGCAUUACGAACCAAUGAUUUUAUUAAUACAGAUGAAGUCCCUAUAAUUGAGGGGCGUCGGAGAAACAAAAAAUCAAAUAAUAAAGAAAGGAAAAAACCUUCAUCUAAGAAUUCGAGGCGUCCCAAGAAGCGUAAUUCCUCACCUAAAAAAAAUAACAUCCCAGACGAUACAGUCGUUGUAGUUUUAUUCUCUAAUCACAUUGUAGACAAUAUGUCCGGUGGCAAUAUUAACUUUGCCGUUACUACGCUAAUUUUAAUACAAGACACGGAACAAGCAGAAUCUUAUCAUCGUGAUUGUUUGACUGACAACUGCAAGGAAUCUUCAUACUUUAUUCACGAACAAAGGAUUCAACUACCAAAACCUCCGGGAACAUAUAAAGAAUUACCCAUAACAAAUCGUCGUGGCGAACUAAAUAAUGUUGCUACGAGAAGCAAACAAACUACGUAUAUACCAGUUCUAUUGCUCUCCAAAUCAUUAUUAGAUGGAGUCGAGAGUCGCAACAAGAAAAAAGAAGUUAUUACCGUGAUUUUCAUAGAAAAGACGCAACAACACGAGUUUUACUACGGAGAACAUUCCAUUGAGGAAUCCUACAAACCGAUAUAUGUCGACUUUAUUCAGGAAUCCGACGAGAGGUCGUCUGAUCAUAUAAAUGACGUCUCUAUUAGAGAUGAUCUACGGAGGAGAAAUAAGCUGAGUGAUAAGAAUAAGAAGAAAAUUCCGGUAUACAUAAUACCUCAAUUCUCAAUAGAUUACAUAAUGAAUGAAGACGUUAAUGAAAAUGAUAUAAAGAAAUCGAAAAAACAGAAAUCGUCGAAAAAACUCUCAAAACCUGAGAAAAACAGAAAGCUCAAAAGCUGCGUCUUUCUGUUAGUCAAUUUACCGACGCAGGGUUCCACGGAUUUACUUGAAUCAUCUUGUUCUCAAGAACAUUGCGCUAAGUACCAAUCUAGUACAGAAGAAUUGUACCCUGUAAAGUAUGAAGAGGAAGAUUAUGCAAUGCCACCAUACCAAAUUAGAAGCGUCAUAAAGAAACAUAAUAAAGGUGUAAAAAAAUUAUAUAAAAAAGAUGUAGCACCAAAGAAGAAGCUUUUUAUUCCAAUAGGUGUUGCUCUAAUCAUAGGAGCAUCAAAUAUUGUUACUGCUAUUAUACAAAAAUCCUAA